AACUAAAAAGCAGUGCAUUCUGGGAUAUAAAAUGAACCACAAUGGCGGUUAAACAAAAAGAAUGUUAUGCUCUUACAUUGACGUGUUUGCUUUUAUCACUUCUACUCCAAACUUGUUGGACUUUUGCCGAAGAACUGAAGUGGGAUCAGAAUGGCUACAUUCUGUACUGCCCGUGCAUGGGUCGCUUUGGAAAUCAGGCAGAUCACUUCCUGGGAUCUCUGGCCUUUGCAAAGAUGUUGAACCGAACCCUGGCAGUCCCUCCCUGGAUAGUGUACCGACACCACACACACCCUUACACCAAUGUCCACGUUCCCUACAGUGAGCUAUUCCAACUGGAGGCCUUGUCUGCCUACCACCGAGUGGUCAGUUUGGAGGACUUCAUGGAGAAGCUAGCUCCCAAAUACUGGCCCUCCAAACAAAGGACAGCCUACUGCUUCGAGACUGCUGCACAGCGGAGCGCAGACAAGAAGUCCUGCCCCAUGAAGGAUGGGAACCCAUUUGGUCCGUUCUGGGACUACGUCGAUGUGGAAUUUGACAAGUCUGUCUUGUUUGGUGGCAUUUCUUUUAGUUCCUACCACCAACCUCAGUGGAUGAAGAAGUUUCCUCCCUCUGAGCACCCUGUGCUGGCACUGCCGGGGGCUCCUGCCCAGUUCCCAGUGAUAGAGGAGCACGUGGGCCUGCAGCGCUACGUGGUGUGGUCAGACAAGAUGGUAAAGGAGGGAGAGGAGCACAUUGCUACCCUGCUGACCAGGCCGUACGUUGCCAUUCACUUGAGGAUUGGCAGUGACUGGCAAAAUGCCUGCAAAAUGCUGAAGACUGGCGAAGCGGGGCCUCACUUCAUGGCCUCCCCUCAGUGUGUCGGCUACAAUCGCCAGACAGCCUUGCCUCUCACCAUGACCAUGUGCCUUCCUGACCUGGCAGAGAUCGGCAGGGCUGUCAAGCUGUGGGCGAAGAAGACCUUCGCCCGCUCUGUCUACAUCGCCACUGACUCAGAAUCCCACAGUAGGGAAAUUGAAAAGCUCCUCAAGGGCAAGGUGAAAGUGGUGAGUCUUCAGCCAGACUCGGCCCAAAUGGACCUGUACAUCUUAGGCCGAGCUGACCACUUUAUCGGCAACUGUGUCUCCUCCUUUUCCGCCUUUGUGAAGAGAGAGCGGGACGUCCAUGGCCUUUCAUCCUCCUUUUUUGGCAUGGACAAGCCUGGGAAAUUAAAUCACAAAGAAGAACUCUGAGCUCAAGAGUCACGCGGUCGUGUCCUGGAUGUUGAUGCUGGAGGACUGUCAUGAGGAGGCGAGGGAGCAUGUGGAAGGCAGUGAAUAUUUAUAUGUGACGUGAUGGUUCGUAAAGGGCAGGUUCUUUUAGAAUGGGUUUUAAUCUGUGAGAAAGGAGGAAGGGCUUUUAAAAUAUGACGAUGCAGCAGCUACUUUUACCAAGAAACACUAUUUUUGUAUGUUUUCUGCUCAAGAUUUGGCUUCUACCUGCUUGUGCUUACUGAAGCCAGUUUUCCUUUCUAUCAGGGAAACAUUUCCUUCAGCUACUGCCAUAGUCUGUAGCUGCAACCAUGUUUUACAAUCCAGCCAUGUUAGCAGGACCCCUGGUGACCUUAGUGAACCCUGGGAAAGACUGCAGUGCCAGUGAUCAUGUUCUCUCUCGCUCUCUUUCUCUGUCCACCUCUCCAUCCCUCCAUGUCUUUUCCAGCUUGCUCUUUCCUUUCCUUUCCUCUCUGCCCUCCAUUCCAAGGAGAGCACAGUAACUGAUCCUCCUGUACAUACUAAUUAUAGGGAGGAAAAAAGAGACGGUCUUUCCACCUCUCAAUUUACCAGGACCAAAAACUGAUGUAAUGUGUGGAACCCUGUGGUGAAUGUUGUGGGGACGGUAUUGUUAUUCAGUGAAUGUGAACAAAUGUUUCAGGGAUGUUUUUGGGAGACAAAAGAGUUGAUUUGCACUGGUUGAAUUGAUUAAAUGCAAGUGGGGGUGUGUGGCAAGCUAAUUGCGUUCCUCUGUGUGAAAGCAAUGUUUUCGAAGUCGAAUGUUUUCUAUAAUGUUUUUCACCAAUAAAGUGAUGCACACUAAUGUUUUAAAACCA